UUCAACGUUAUUAAGAAAACCAACCACGCAAACAAUUAUUUCGCCUGUUUCGUGGUUAUUAAAACUUCUUCUUCCCAUUUCUUAUUCCUCGUAGCGCUCUCAGGCAUCUCAAUCAAAUGUAUCCUCUGAAGCCUACCAAAUCCCGUAUAGUUGUCGGGAGAGUUUUCAAUCCGCUUUCUGAACAACAGAUUAACCCUGAAACAUUACUACUACUUGGGUUCAUAUACAACAAGAUUUAGCUGUUAAAAGGAAAAGAAUCAGUAAAAAUAUCUCUCUGUUUCUGAUUUGUGGUUGUUUGAAGCCAUGAAUUCAACCAACAGAAACAAUUCCUUUGUAUCUCCUUGCUACCCAUCUUUCGUCUUUGUGUAAUCAUUGAAAUAACUUCUAAAGUUGCAGUUUUUUGUCUUUGUUAUGAUUAUGAAACUGUCGAGCUCUCUGACUAUGGGAGAGCGGAUCUGUUCAGCUUUCAUACCGUUUGUUGCAGUGAUCGAUUUCUUGAUUUAUGCGAUGGCUAAUUGUUUCGAAUGCCGGCCCCGCCACAAGAAAAUUCGCUAUGGGUUCACAGAUCUUACCCGUCUCUCCAAUGAGACCCGAUUUACGGUGAAUGAAGUGGAGGCAUUGUACGAAUUGUUCAAGAAGUUGAGUAGCUCAAUUAUUGAUGAUGGAUUGAUUCACAAGGAAGAGCUUCGGUUAGCAUUGUUCCAGACUCCGUUCGGUGAGAAUCUUUUGCUUGACAGGGUUUUUGAUCUUUUUGAUGAGAAGAAAAAUGGUGUCAUUGAAUUUGAGGAAUUUGUCCGUGCACUCAAUGUGUUUCAUCCCUAUGCCCCUAUAGAAGCUAAAAUUGAUUUUGCAUUUAGGUUGUAUGAUCUGAGACAAACCGGGUUUAUUGAGCGGGAAGAAGUUAAGCAAAUGGUAGUUGCCAUUUUGAUGGAAUCUGACAUGAUUUUGUCAGAUGACCUUCUUGAGGCUAUCAUUGACCAAACAUUUGCUGAUGCCGAUGCUGACAAGGAUGGUAGAAUCAACAAAGAAGAAUGGAAAGCAUUUGUGCUUCGUAAUCCUAGCGUCUUAAAGAACAUGACUCUUCCUCAUUUAAAGGACAUCACAACCUUAUUUCCCAGUUUUGUUCAUGACACUGAAGUUGAAGACUUGUAACAAGAGGUGAUUUUAGACCAAAACGCUAUAAAGCUUGGAUAUGAUGUAAAGGGACAAGACUAUUUGCUCAGUAGAUCCUGCUUUCAGAGAGCUUCUAUUCAUGUCUCGUUGCCGGGGAUCAAGUAAAUAGCACGUCUCCCUUCUGUGAAAGCAGCACCAGAAAAUGAUCAGUUACCAAAUUAUUUUGAUUAAGCUCUCUAGCUAUUAGCGUGGCAUAAAAUUUUUUUUUAUGACUACAUUUAGCUAUUAUGUUGUACAGUAGACAGAUUUCAAAUUGGUUUCAUUUUGUAAUGAGCUUGUCUAAGCUUGUUCUCUCAAUUUUGGUUAACUUGUGCAAGUAAUUUCUCCUUGUUAAUGAGAAGUAGAUGUCUCAAGUAUGACUUGGAGACGAGUCAUGCUCUACUAGUCACGAGGCAGGAAUGAAGCAUCACUCUUGUUCCAUUGGCAUUCACAUGAGAAUGAAAUCUCAAUAACUUCUGGACCUCAAUUCAAAGUUCCCAUCAACUGGAAAACU